AGCAUUUGAAUAAUGUGCGAGGGCACUUGGGCCGGAGCCAAUCAGCUGUCGGGCCACCGUGAUAAAUCGCAAUGCAUUAUUGAUAAUAAUAAUUACGUCGACAUGCGCAUUUCCACUCGAGGGGGGCCAAUUUUUUUCCACCACGCACAAGGAGAAUUCGCAGAAGAAGGGCAGCGGGUCGAGGUUGUGUCUGUGACUGCUCGAUCCCCUGAUGGUCGUUGCACCAUGUCGAGGCGCAAGCAAGCCAAGCCGCAGCACAUCAACUCCGACGAGCCCGGGUCGCUGGGAAAUGGGAUUCCUCGGGAUGGUCAAGCUGAGGAGGCUGGAAACGAGAUGAAGAGGUUCAGAAUGGAUGAGACCAACGUCUGCAACAAGUGCUGUGCCGAGUUCUUUGAUGAAGCAGAGUUUCUUGAGCACGAGAAGAACUGCACUAAAAGUCAGCCUGUGGUCAUCAUGAAGGACCGAGAGGGCCACGAAGGGCCUGAGGAAUAUUCACACGGCUCUCCCGAGGGUCUGACCAGUGACCACGACGAUAGCCAGUCCAGUAGUCAUUCCUUAUCAAACGUUAAUGCCGACCAUCUGGAGAGAGCGGAGGAGGAGUCGAGCAUGAAUGCAGAUGACUCGGGACCGCAGGAUCAUGGAGACAUGUCUGGUAGCCCCGGGAUGACUUUCAACCCCUCACCCCAAAUGCACGAUUCAAACGUCACCCUGGAAACCAUGCCAGACACUAAAGUUGCCGUCUCACAACAUUCUUCGAGUAGCUCGUCGCUGACCUCGUCGCAGGAGACCGUACAGACCAUCCCGAUGAUACUGGAGCAGUUGGUGUGCCUCCAGCAACAGCAGCUCCAUCAGAUCCAGCUCACAGAACAGAUUCGAAUCCAAGUGGCCAUGAUGACGCCGCAUGGUCUGCAGUCAUCUGUCGGGGCGGUCAUGGACCCCCUGAAAGCCCUCGGUGCACAUCUCUCUCAGCAGCUGUCGGCUGCAGCCGCCCUGAUAGGAAAAAGGACCGGCAGUCAGAGCCUCUCUAUGGAGACGAUGAAGCAAGGUAAACUACCUCUGCCCACGGGCGUCUCUGCCUCGCUGCCUGGGGGACUGGCUUCAGUGACUUCCAAAUCAGACAUUUUUAAGGGCAUUCCAGAUCUGGCCAGCCGUUUACCAGCGCUGCUGCCCCAGUCAUCGAGUGGCAUGGGUUUCCAAAGCACCUUCAAUGGUAUUCAAGCAGGAGUGGAUUCCUCCAAAAAAGUGAAGCCGAAGAUACCGAUCCCCCCGCCAGAACCGAAGAACGGAGACUCGUUAUACAGGCACAAGUGUAAGUACUGCGGGAAGACCUUUGGCAACGACAGUGCUCUCCAGAUCCACUUGCGUUCUCACACUGGCGAGCGGCCCUUUAAGUGUAACAUUUGUGGAAACCGCUUUACAACCAAAGGAAACCUCAAAGUGCAUUUCCAGCGACACAGAGACAAGUACCCGAACAUUACCAUGAACCCUCAUCCUGUGCCGGAGCACCUUGACAAUAUUACCACCACCAGUGGAAUUCCAUUUGGCAUGUCUAUACCCAUGGAUGAGUCAAACAUGACUGAAAUCAAGCCUAUCCUAAGCCACCCUGCUGCCGGGUUCCAGCCGUCACCUAUACCAGUGUUCAAGUCGACGUUUGACAGCUUUGUAGGGGACCCGUUUUCACAGAGACCCUCACCAUCGACAAGUGAUUGCUCUCAGUCUGUUUCCGCUCACGUGUUUGGUCAGGAGACAGCACCGUGUCCCAAUCAGAAGGAUGCUAAAGAACUGCUGGGACCACUGCAUCAUAUGAAUGGCAACUCUCACCCAGGAGAGCACAGCUCUGGGACGGCUAAACUUCAGCAAAUGGUGGAUGGUCUGGAAAAGAGGACCAGCGAUCCCAAUGAGUGUGUAAUCUGCCACAGGGUGCUCAGCUGCCAGAGCUCGCUCAAGAUGCACUACCGCACACACACCGGAGAGAGGCCGUACAAGUGCAAAAUCUGCGGCCGUGCUUUCUCCACCAAGGGGAACCUCAAGGCUCAUUAUGGGGUGCACAGGGCCAACACUCCUCUCAAGAUGCAGCACUCCUGUCCCAUCUGCCAGAAGAAGUUCACAAACGCUGUGGUUCUGCAGCAGCACAUCCGCAUGCACAUGGGUGGGCAGAUUCCCAACACCCCAAUGCCAGAAAACCAGUUUGAAGCGGAAGAAACAAUGGAACAAAAUCUACCGGAGGAGAAGCCCAUGGGUGACACUGGUUUUGAGGCAAGCAUGGAGGAUCCUGAGCCGGAGCUGAAGUCCGAGAAGCCAAACGACACCUUAGAAUCCCUCCCACCUGCCACUGAGGAACAACCACAGAAGCUUGCUCCCCCUGUGGUGUUUUCCAGUCUAGAUAUUCUGAAGAACCUCACCUCUGCUCUUGCACUGAAACGACAGAGUAGCACUGCUUCGGAGAGCGAGGGAACAUUCAAAGAAUCCCCUUCGGCUCCUAGAGAGCCGGAAUAUCAGAAUGGCCGUAGUCCUGCUAUUUCUGACUCGGCCGCGUCUUUUCAUUCAUCCUCCCCAUUAAACAACCAUAUGAGUCAUAGCAAGUCACCCGAGUCUCCUGUCGAUGACUUCACCUAUAGUGGACCAAAAGCUGAGUCUGAUGGUGGCACUCAAGAGGGCACGGAGUCAAGUGGAGCCCUUGACCUCACAGCAUCCAGCAACUUUACCCCCAAAGCCAUUAAAGAAGAACCUGGCAUGCCAUUCACAAACGGAGACUAUGUUCCAAGCAACAUGUCCUUCAUGAGGCUGCCAUCGAGUCUGGCCAGUUUGGAGAUGAAGAUCCCCUCGGAGAAUCCUUUGGGCCCUCAUGGUCUGUUCAGCUCCCACAUGCCUCAGGGAACAGCCAUGGCCUCCUCCAUCUCCUCCGCAGCUCGACGAUCGACCAAGCAGCACGUGUGCAACGCCUGCGGCAAGAACUUCUCCUCGGCCAGCGCCUUGCAGAUCCAUGAGCGCACUCACACAGGGGAGAAGCCUUUUGCCUGCAACGUCUGUGGCAGGGCGUUCACCACCAAGGGGAAUCUCAAGGUGCACAUCGGCACUCACAUGUGGAACAACUCCUCACGCCGUGGUCAGCGUCUCUCUCUGGACAAUCCCUUGACCCUGAUGGCGAUGAGUGCAGAGGCUCAGAUGAUGCCAGAAAUGAUGCAGGCUCCCCAGGAAAUGGGUGCUCCACCCAUGAGCUUUGAUCCAUCGCUGUGGAACCAGUACGCUGCUGCCUUCACUGGUGGCCUGACCAUGAAGACCAAUGAGAUCUCGGUCAUUCAGAGCGGUGGCAUCCCGCUCCCCGGCAGCCCUGCUGGGGGACUUCUCAUUGGAUCCACUGGGGGCCUCAUGAAGAUGGAUGGCUCCCACUCGGGCUUGCCUGCCUCGGUGGCCGAGAUGGAGAAGAACAGCUCUGACAAUGUGCCGAAAUCCCAGUUCCCUCAUUUUAUGGAGGAGGGUAAAAUUGCAGUCAAUUAGGCUUUUUGUAGCCAUUUGCCAGUUUGUUACCUGAACUCACUUUUUGAAUGUCUCCUUUUUUUUGAAUGAGGUACAAUCAAUAUUCUGAGAAAAACCUUUAGAAUUCUGCUUAGAUUGGUUGAAUUUUUCCAGUAAGUUCAUUGCAGCUCUCUCCUUCUGAACGAUUCAAGUGUUAUUCUUAGUUGAACUUGAUAUAACUACUGUAGUUGUAUUUUAUUUUAUAUAAAUAUAUAUGCGGGUAUUUUUUUUUUCUUGUGAUUUUUUUUGUUUUUGUUUUUUGUUUGCUGUCUAUCCAGAAGUUUGAAUGUAUAACUUACUUGAAACUGCUUUAACUCAGACUGUCUCCUAGAUACUGAAGGAUUUUGACUUUAAUAGGAAAAGUUUCAGGGCGAGACGUGAGUCUCCGUGUUCAGAAAUGAUGUUGUAGUUAACCGUGUGUGUCUAAUGACUACUUCCCCUCCUAUUGUGUGCCAUAGGUUUUACUGCAUUGUUGAAGUGGUAAAUGUCGUCACGUCUCAUUUUGAAAGGGGCUUUGGUUUAGGCUGAAAUAAUAUUACGGUGUCUUGUCUGUUAGAGCAAGUCACAACAGUUGAGUCAUCGGUUUUUGGGACAAUGCAGAUCACAACAUAGGUGUUCAUCUUUGCUGCGUUGCUGCCAAGAGACGGUUGUUGAUGACUCGAACCUUUUUGCCAAGUGCCUGAUCUGAGCUGUGUUUGUUGCUGUUGUCUUUCACUGAUCCGGUUACGUUAUGAAGGCUCUGUUGGACUGAUAAAUUCAUGUAGUACAGUGUAGCAUGGCAUGUAUUUCAAAAUUUUCAGUUUACAAAAGUCAAUUUUUUCAACCUACAUAUUCCACUUGUGUCUGCCGAGUCAAAUCAAUUUGGCUGUUCUUACGCGCAAUGUUCUCAUGCCUGCACUUUAUUCAGGUUUUAGUUGCAGUAACUGUUUUUUUUUUAUAGUUGCGUUCCACUGCUUUACUGUGACGGCUAAACAGGGAAAGGGCAAACCAACAAUUUUGUCAGCUUUUCCUUCCUGUCGAGGUUUUGUUUGCAACGACCAUUUAGAGCAACUGUCAAGACUUUUCAACUUGUAGCAUCAUUUAAUUUAUUUAUUAUACACACUGCUUGAGUUUGGGGGGGCAAGUUCUACCUCGUUUAGAUUUUAGUUGUCCUCGGCACCUCCUGCUCUCAAUGCAAUGCUCUGUAUAUUUUCAGAUACAUUCGCGGGCAUACGACAAGGUUUUUCAUCCUCAGCCUGCUGAGUGGAACAGUAAUGAAUGUAUCACUGGACACUUUACACAACUCGGAAAGGUCAGACUACUUCGUGGGCCCCUGCUGUACAUUCCUUAUCGAUAUGCAUUUGCCAAAUUGUGCCUUUCUUUAGCAAACAUGUCAAAAACUGCUUUCAAGUUGUCUCUACAAUUCAAGUAAUGUUGAGCCAAUUUGGCUUGUUUACAAUGUAAAUGUUUUUUGUUUUUCAAAUGUUUCCUUCACCUCCAAUGUUUUCUGAUUUUGAAAAAUAAAAUCAGGGUGACUUUUUUCAA